AUGGGUUCAAUGGUAGAGGACUUUGUUGUCAAGCCUAUGAACGGAGAGUUUGGUUUUGGAGCCGAGAUUUAUGGCCUCGACGUCAACACCAUCACAGAUGAACAAGUCGACAAGCUACGUGAUGCUGUCCAGCGAUAUCUUCUCGUGGUUAUCAAGCAUCAACAUGACGAGACCCCGCAAAAGAACUGGGAGCUGCUCAAUCGCUUGAGCCCUGACGCUCCCAAGUUCACGCCGGAAGAAUGGGCUCUGAUGUACAACCCGGACCCCAAAGGCGCUGGGAUUCUCCCCAAGCUAGGCUACCUUGUACUCCCAGAGACUGAGCGUCUGUUCCUCAUGGGAAAGGGGUACCAGGGCAAAGACCACUGGGGCCUGAAAGAUGUCGACAUUCCCGAAGUGUUCGCAGAUGCUUACUACUCGAAGCCCCUAUCCCACGAGGACUACCACAAGGGCGUGGCACGCUUUCAAUCGUGGCACAUUGAUGGCCCGUCGUACAAGAUUGACCACCCAAUGUUCACCUCCUUCCGCAUCAUCAAGUUCCCCGAGGGUGAGCAGACCGUGGACUGGGCUGACGGCUCAGGCAUGACCAAAAAGGUCAAGCCUGGACGCACUGCUUUCUUUAGCACGGCCAGGUUGUACGACAUGUUGUCCAAGGAGGAGCAAGCCAUCGCUGAUCACAGCUGGGCAGAGUACCAGUUCUUCCCCUACGAGUGGAUCCUUCGCUGCCGCGGAAACCCACAGGGUUUGAAUGUCGCCUGUGAGGGCAGAGAAGCCUCUGACGAGCAGAUGGAAGCCAUGCCUAGAAAUCCAGAUGACCAGCUCGUCCUCCCCCUAGUUUGGGUCAACCCGGUGACAGGCGGCAAACACUUCCACGUGCAACCUAAUAUAGUGCGCCGGGUGUUUGUCCGCAGCAGCCUCGACGAGGAGCCUAAGGUUAUUGAUGACGUGAAGGAAGUGCGCGACUUCUUCACUAAAUUCCAGUAUCGCAUUAUCCGCCCUGAGAAUAUUUACGUUGGCCCUGAGGAAGAGGGAGACCAGCUGUUGUUUUUCAACUGGGGAGUCAUGCACUCCAAGAUUGACUAUCCGAUUGAGAUGGGCACUCGAACCACUCAUCAGGGGUGGCUUGCUGGGGACAAGCCUCCAAGGGGUCCUGUCCCAAUCCCGGACCCCCGAGCUAGGUCGAACAUUUACUUUCAGAAGUAG